AUGAGUCACACUGCUUUGCUUCUAAAACCCUUUUGCUGUACUGUUGUGAUUCAUCAGAACUGGACACGAGGAGUCUUGGGUUUCUAUGAUGUCUUGGGCCAUCCUAAUGUGCUGGCCAUCUGGAUAGUGGGGCCAGCUGCUAGAGAAGUAGAAACAGUUUCAGAUGAUGCCACAGUUGCCUCUGAAUGUCUCCACCUUUUGAGAAAUUGCCUUGGAAAACAGUAUGAGGUCCCUGAACCAGUCUCUGUUGUCAGGUCUCACUGGUAUACAGAUCCAUUUUCAAGAGGUUCCUACAGUUAUCGAACAGUGGCAGCAGAUAAUGAAGACGUGUGGGCUGCUGACUUGGCACAACCAUUGCUUUCUGUUAACAAGAAGGGAGGGCUUCUGUUUGCUGGAGAAGCAACUCAUGAAUGCUUUUAUUCAGCAGUGCAUGGUGCUGUGGAAUCAGGAUGGCGUGAAGCUGACCGCAUUGCAUCUGUCAUCUCCAGCGAUAGUCCUAAAGCAGUUCUCGCAUCUUGGGAGAGAUAUUUGGCCAGUGAUACCGGCCAUGUAGAGGAUGUGAAAUGCAAUACAAAAGGGAAUCGGUUCCAGUUGCAAGAGCCCCAAGACCAUAUAGGUGGGCGAAUACGUACCAUUUGGCACAAUGGUCAUCCAUUGGAAUUGGGAGCCCAGUGGAUACAUGGAGAAGAAAAAAACCUUGUAUAUGACUUUGCCAAACGUCAUGAUCUCUGUUCAACUUCUCUGUCCUGGGAGGCAAGGGGCAGCUUUUUCACUACUAAACAGAAGAAGGUCCCAGCCAGAGUGGUAGAAGAGGUACGUGAAGCAGUCUAUUCUAUCUACAAGGAGUGCAAUAAGUUUGCUGGUGAAACAGAGACUGCUCUAAUCCCCUCAUCUGUGGGGAAGUUUUUUGAGGAGAAGUUUGAGAACCUUAUUCAAAGGCUACACCUCAAUGAAGAAGAAAUCAAAAUCAGGAGAGAUGUGUUCCAUUGGUUCAUGUUAUUUGAGAGGAUAGACAAUGCCUGCGACAGUCUAUAUGACUUGAGUCUCCGUUCAUGGGGGGAAUUCCAUGACUGUGAAGGAAAUCGGUACAACAAUUUGAAGCAUGGAUAUUGCUCUCUGCUAAAUGUUCUUGUACAAGACAUUCCAGAUUCACUCCUUCAUCUCAACUGUCCCAUAACUGAAAUCACAUGGAAACCUACUAUCACUCUAAACACCAAGCAUGAGGCAACUGAAGAACCCAGGAAGCACCUUGCACAGGAAAAAUUCCUUACUGUGACUUAUCAAGGUGGGCAUUCCAUUCAGGCUUCUCAUGCCAUAGUUACACCUUCUUUGGGGUUUCUUCAAGAGCACAUCAAGGACUUCUUUUCUCCUCCACUCCCUUCAAAGUUUUCUCAAAUGGAGACCUGUCAGAAGCGAGACGGUGCUGUGAAUGUUCGCGAGACUGUGAAAUUUUCGGCGGAACAAAAACGAGUGAUCCUCCUCUACCAUUUUCGGAGCGGUUUCAAACCGCAACAGGCAUUCGAAGAGAUGAAGAAGAACAUCGGGGAUGAUGCUCCAGGCAGGACCAUGGUCUUCAAGUGGUUUCAACGAUUCGAAGCUGGUCAUUUCGAAGUCACCGAUGAUCCACGAAGUGGGCGUCCAAGAACUUCGACAGACGACGGAAUGGCAAUUGAAGGCCUUGGUUUUGGUGUCAUUGACAAGUUUUUCUUGGAGUUUGAUGAGCCCUUCUGGGAGGAAGACAGUGAAGGAAUUCACUUGGUAUGGAGCUCUGAUGACAGGCAGUCUGAGUGCCCACUCUCAGAAAGCUGGGUGAGAGGGAUAUCUGGUUUUGACCAUGUUUUGAAUCAUCCUAAUAUCCUCUUGGGAUGGAUUGGAGGCAUGGAGGCAAGAUUCAUGGAAACAUUGACAGAUCAGGAGGUCUGGCAAGGAAUUUCCACAGCUCUAAGCAAGUUUUUGGAUCUACCUCAUAUUCCUACACCUAAAAGGAUCAUCAGGUCCCAUUGGUACUCAAAUCCUUUCAUCAGGGGAUCAUACAGCUACCGCCCAAGGAGGUGUGAUGAGAUGGGAGUCAAGGCUGCAGAUCUGUUAGAGCCUGUCAAGUCAAGUGCAUUGGACACUAAGGGCACCCUUAUUCAGGAGAGAUGGCGGAAGAAGUUGUGGGUGCAUCCCAUUAAUUCACAAAUGCAGCGAUUCGAUGAAUACCAUCACCUUUUCACCGAAUUGGAGAAAGAUCCUGAGCGGUUCUUUUGGUAUUUUCGCAUGAGGACAUCCUCUUAUGAGAAACUCUUGCAUCUCACAGCUCCACACAGAGAGAAGCAAAACAGCAACUACCGAAGGACUAUUCCUCCAGAGUAA